AUGUCGCGCGCCUCCAAACUCACCCUCGGCGCCACCUCCCUCUUCGCCCUCGGCACCAUCGCCUUUGUCCACUUCCAGCAAAACGCCGAGCAAGCCGCCAUGCACGAGGGCGUCGUCCGCGACAUGGAGCAGCAGCGCGUCAAGCGUGAGCGCCAGCUCGACUUUGACAUGCAAAGGGCCCUGGAGGACGAAUACAAGCGCCACCAGACCGUCCACGACUCGGUUUCAGAAGCUGGCAACAAAGCACAACCGCCCCCGACAUAA